CUCCUCUGGCUCGCUCUUGGACGAGUUGUCAUGGCAACUGUACAGCAUGUGCUGACAAAAACAAGAGCUUGACCGUUCACCGACACUUCUCUCCACACUCGACAUCUAACGCUGCGACGCCAUCUUAUUCUUCAAGCAUUUAUCAGAGGAGGAGGCAGGAGACACUCUGUUAAAAACAGAGGGAAGCCACAAGAAGAGUCAACGAUGAGCGGAGCCAAAGCCCGCAGCGACGCGCCUGUUGCUGAAAACGUCCCCGGCGGCGGGCACAGCACCGCUGCGGCUCCUCCGCGGGAGCGCAAGGCUGGCGGAGGGGUUCUGAAGAGGCUCAAGUCCCGGAGGAGCCAGGUGGACAGCAGGCCCGUCACGGAGGAAGACCUGCGGACACAAACUGGCCACAUCACGCCGGAGGAUGUGCUCGGGCUGCGGGUGGCUACGCGAGGGUACCUCUGUAAACCUGAGGACAAUAUUUAUAACAUCGACUUUGUACGCUUUAAGAUCAGAGACCUGGAGACGGGCACUGUCCUGUUUGAGAUUGCCAAACCCCCACAUACAGAGGACGACGAGGAGAACAGAGAGGUGGACGCCAGCGCAGGCCGAUUUGUACGCUACCAAUUCACCCCAGCCUUCCUGCGACUGAGGACCGUGGGAGCUACGGUGGAAUUUACAGUUGGAAAUCGACCUUUAAACAAUUUCCGCAUGAUCGAGAGGCACUACUUCCGCGAUCACCUGCUGAAGAGCUUCGACUUUGACUUUGGCUUCUGUAUCCCAAACAGCCGCAACACCUGUGAGCACAUCUACGAGUUCCCUCAGCUGUCUGAGAGCCUGGUCCGUCAGAUGGUGGAGUGUCCUUACGAGACCCGGUCAGACAGCUUCUAUUUUGUCGAGAACAGACUGGUCAUGCACAACAAGGCAGACUAUGCUUAUAAUGGAGGACAGUGAUAUCUGCCUGCUAGCAUGCAAAAACACACAUUCAAACAUGUGCAUACUCAUAUUUAUAGACACACACACGUACGUACAUACGAUAUUCACGCAUGCAUGCACAUAGCUAACCAUACAUGUUCACUCAUACAUGCACAUGAAGCUCAAAAACACACGGUUGAAUUGCCUCUUAUGUUUGUAAAGAUGAAUUCACUGGGAUCAUUUUCAGGGAUGCGUGUUCUCUCUGCUCAGAGAAAGCAACAUGAAGCUUCAGUUUAAAAAAGAGGUUAAAAACAGGUUAAUUAAUCUAUUUUUAAUUAGCAACACUUCUGUUUGAAACCAAACGAGGACUCAUCACUCUAGUGGCCAUGUGACGUCUCAAACAGACCAAAUGGUUGUUAGAGAGAUGGUUAGUCUCCUCUUAGCAAUUUUAAAAGUGUCCUACCACCCCCUCAGCACACACACACAUACACACACACACACACACACACACACACACACACACACACUCAAUCCCCAAGUGACACACAUAGUGUUUACACAGUGUUUGUCAGAAGCAGCUGUUCUCAGAGCUACCGCCUCCACAAUCCACUCCAGACAAUAUCGGGGGAGAACGAGCAAACGCAUCCACAAAAACACUCCUGUCAAACACACAUGGUCACUCCUGUGAUCCCCCUCCCCACCUCCCUCUCCUCUCUCCUCUCUCCCUUUCACACACAAACAUACAGACACACAUCAACGAAAGUACUGUAUAAGAUGUUGAUCAAAGGUCUCUGAGAUUGCUGCUUUUUUUGUUUGUUUUACAGUUUUCUCUGGUUGAUAGCCACAAAAAAAAUAGAUCAGGUAACAGUUAAUCACAAUGCAAUUGUCAACUUUGAUUGCAAACAAACAAAAAGACAAUAACCUCAUAUGAUGUACAAUGGUCAAAAAGGGAAUUUCAAGUACUAAAAUACUCAUAUUAUGAUGCAUGUAAUGAUAUUAAGAAAAAAGGAUAUAUAAAGGGAAUAUUGAAUACCAGAUAUACUGUGGAAAAAAUAAUAAUAAAGUAGUGUACUUGGUCCAAAGGAAAGGUUGGGAGUUUUAGAUCCACAUUAGAUAUUCUUUUAUUUUACAUCAAAGUUUAAUUAGCUGUAUUUUUUUAAUCAUUUCUUUAUCACGCACAUCUUAAGACAAAAAUCAAGUUGGAAUAUGUCUGGAAAUUGAGUGGUCUUUCUAGCUAGAUAGUAUACUUCAUCUUUGUACUUUGUAAAC